CGACCAACCAAUCAGGAAUUUCUCCGAUCACUUAUUAGGGCUUUGAAUUUUAUUUCUGUGCGUUUGUUCUCAAUAUUUGUGGACUCUGACCUCACAAUUCAGAUAAUCAACUAACCGUCGCCCCCUUCCUUACUUCUACACUGGCGGGUUUUGUUGUAAUGGACGAACAAGCUGUCCUGUCGGACGGAACUGAUCAUGAAGAGGAUGAAAGCUCUACUUGUGGUAGCACUGUUGGAACUGAAGAUGUUGACUUUACUAGUGCCUUUACCACUGACAUGGUUUUCAAUAGUAGAGAAGAACUAAUUGAUUGGGUAAGAGAUGUUGGAAAGAGAAAUGGUCUGAUUAUUGUGAUUAAAAAUUCUGAUGUUGGUGGAGAUGGUAGGAGACCAAGAAUUAGUUUUGCUUGCGAAAGGAGUGGUACCUAUAGACGUAAGUAUCAGAAGGGUGAACAACCAAAACGGCCUAAGACAGUUGGAACAAAGAAGUGUGGCUGUGCAUUUGAAUUGAAGGGGCUUAAAUUAGCAACCGAUGAUGAUUGGAUGUUAAAAGUGAUUUGUGGGGUACAUAACCAUCCUAUUACACAACAUCUUGAGGGUGAGGGGCACUCAUAUGCUGGUAGACUUACAGAACAAGAGGCCAAUAUAUUGGUUGAUAUGUCAAAGAACAACAUUAGCCCAAAAGAGAUAUUAUAUACGUUGAAGCAAAGAGAUAUGCAUAAUGUAUCCACAAUAAAAGCAAUUUACAAUGCAAGACAUAAAUUUAAAGUUGUAGAACAAGUUGGACAAUUCCAUAUGCAACAACUCAUGACUAAAUUGAUGGAGCAUAAUUAUAUUCAGUGGCAUCGAAAUGAUGAGGAUGAAUGCAUUAAGGACUUAUUUUGGGCACAUCCUUUUGCAAUUGGAUUGCUACGAACUUUUCCAAGUGUGCUAAUUGUGGAUUGCACAUACAAGACUAAUAUGUAUCCCUUUUCAUUGUUGGAGAUAGUAGGUAUAACAUCAACUGAGUUGACAUUUUUAGUUGCUUUUGCGUAUCUUGAGUCUGAGAGAGAGGAUAACUACACAUGGGCUUUGCAGAGAUUAAGAAGUAUGAUGGAAGAUAAUUCGUUGCCAAGUGUCAUCGUGACAGAUACGGAUUUGGCCUUAAUGAAUUCCGUUCAGGAAGUGUUUCCAAGAGCAAAUAAUUUUCUCUGUAGAUGGCAUAUAUCAAGGCAUGUCUCAACUAUUUGCAAGAAGUUAUUUGAGACUAAAGAGAGGUGGGAAGCCUUCAUUUGCAGCUGGAAUGUAUUGGUACUUUCUGUCACUGAACAAGAGUAUAUGCAACACUUGAGUGCUAUGGAGAGUGAUUUCUGUAGAUAUCCUCAAGCACUUGAUUAUCUAAAGCAGACAUGGUUGGUUAGGUACAAGGAGAAGUUUGUUGCAGCUUGGACAGACUUGAUUAUGCAUUUUGGAAUUAUGACUACAAAUAGAGCAGAGACUACACAUGCAAAAUUGAAGAGGCUGCUGGGAGUACCCCAAGGUGAUUUUGAGACAUUUUGGACAAAGGUGCAUGCUUUGUUGGAACUACAACACAUUGAAAUUAAAGCUUCAUUUGAGAGGAGCUUGACUAUUGUGCAGCAUAAUUUCAAAGAUCCCAUUUUUGAGGAUAUAAGGGGGUCUGUCUCGUUAAAUGCAAUGAACAUUAUACUUGGUGAAUUCAAAAGAGCUGAAUCCAUUGGUUUAGAUGUCUCUGCAUGUGGAUGUGUAUUUCGAUGUACACAUGGUUUGCCAUGUGCUCAUGAGAUAGCAAGGUACAAACAGGAAAAUAAACCUAUUCCUCUAUUUUCAGUAGAUCCCCACUGGAAGAAAUUAGACUAUGUGCCGAUUACCCUGGAUACUACGCUGGAGUUGAGUUUUACUGCUGAGAUAGAGAUGUUUGUCAGGCGUUUCAAAGAGACUGAUGGUCCUGGUAAGCUAUACCUAUUGAAGAAAUUGAGGGAGUUAACAAAUCCUGCAACAACUUCAAAUUCAGCAGCAACUCUGCGUGUUGAGCAUGAGGUUAAAACUAAGACACAAGGGCAGCCCUCUUUAAAGGUUGAUACAUCUGCUCAGGAUCCUUCAGAAUAUGAAUAUGCAUUGUCUACGCUGGAUAGUGAUUCAGCACAGGUUAGGACUUCAAGUACAUCUUCUGUGGAACUGAAAGGGAGGCAAAAAGAGCAGGCAGAUUGGGCACAGUCAAUGCAGCCUAUAUCAUUUAUUAAUUCAUUUCCAGUUGGAUUGAGACCCUACAUACAUGAUGUUCAAGAUGUUAUCGCUGAUGGUCAUUGCGGUUUCCGAGUUGUAGCUGAUUUGAUGGGUAUGGGUGAGGAUAAUUGGGCUCAGGUAAGGAGGGACUUGGUGGAUGAAUUGCAGUCUCACAAUGAUGAUUACGCCCAACUAUAUGGUGAUACUGAUAGAGUGCAGAAGCUCAUAUGUUCAUUGUCAUGUUUUCAGAGCAAUCCAGGGAAAGACCACUGGAUGACCAUGCCUGACACUGGGCAUGUAAUUGCUUCUAGGUAUAAUAUUGUUGUGUUGCAUAUAUCUCAGCAGCAGUGCUUUACAUUUCUCCCACUCAGAUCUGUGCCUUUGCCACGCACUUCCCAUAAAAUUAUCGCUAUUGGAUUUGUAAAUGCAUGUCAUUUCGUGAAGGUCAUUAUGCAUCCAGGUUCACCCAUGCCACCUAUAGCAUCUGAUUGGUUUAAAUAUCGUAAUCCUUGUGCACAAGGAUGGGAAGCACCAUAUAAAGCUCAUAUCAGAGUUUUCAAGGCCCUGGUUACAGAUGAUUUCUAAACCUGAUUUAUGUUUUCCUGUUGGAGUAGAUGCACAGCCAAAAAUUUUGCUCUCCUAUGCUAUCUUGUUAGAUCAUUACACCCUCAGGACUAGACUAUUAGUUCUUAUAUACGGUUGUCUUGUUGCAGCUACUUCUCAACAAUGAAAUUGGGGUAUUUCCUAUAUUUUGCUAUACCCAAGCAUAUAAGCAAUCAUAUAUUGAGAUUUCCUGUUUAAA